AUGGGCUCGGUUGGCAACACGGCAGCGGCAGUAACGGAGGUAGCCCUCCGGUUCGGCAACGCGAGGCCAAUACCGGCCGUCGGCAUGGGCACGGCGGUCUCGGCCCCCAUGAAUGCAGUGCUAGCGGCCAUCGAGGUUGGCUUCCGCCACCUCGACACAGCCGCAAUGUACGGCUCGGAGAGGUCGGUCGGCGAGGCCGUGGCCGAGGCGGUCCGCCGCGGGCUCCUGGAGUCCCGGGAGGAGGUGUUCGUGACGUCGAAGCUAAACCUGCAGAUGGAGUACCUGGACCUGUACCUGAUCCACUGGCCGGUGUGCAUGAAGCCCGGGCCGAUAGCGUUCCCGGCCAAGAAGGAGGACGCCGUCCCGUUUGCCUUCGAGGGCGUCUGGCGAGCGAUGGAGGAGUGCCAGCGGCUGGGGCUCGCAAAAGCCAUCGGCGUCAGCAACUUCACCACCAAGCACCUUGACAAGAUCCUGGCUUUCGCCUCGAUCCCGCCCGCGGUGAACCAGGUUGAGCUGAACCCGGUGUGGCAGCAGCGUAAGCUGAGAGCAUACUGCGCCGACAAGGGUAUCCACGUCGUGGCGUACUCGCCGCUGGGAGGGCAGGACUGGUCACGCACGGGGGAAGGCAACGGCGUGCUGGGAUCCCAGGUGCUCGCGGAGAUAGCCCAGCGAAGAGGGAAAACCAUCGCACAGGUGUCGUUGAGGUGGAUAUAUGAGCAGGGAGUGACUUGGAUCGUCAAAAGCUUCAACAAGGAGAGGCUCAAGCAGAACCUGGAUAACUUCGACUGGAAGCUGACCGAGGAAGACUGGCUCAAGAUCAGACAGAUCCCGCAGAAGAAGUAUGUCACGGCUGCAGUCCUGUUCUCGACGGAGGGCGAAUUCACCUCGGUCGAUCUAGCAGACAUGGACGUUGUUGAGGAAUAG